AUGACUCCAGCAAUGAAUAUUUUCAACUUCCGAUUGAGUCAUAUCAGGCAAAAAAUUGAGUGUGCUUUUGCGACACUAAGGAACAGGUGUGCUGUCAAUCAUCAAGAACUGGGUUGGGCUUUAAGCACGACUGAAGAUAUCAUCAUUUCUACAAUUUGUUUGCAUAACUAUUCGAUAACAAUGGACUUCCAAGAGUAUAGAGGCUUCAUUUAUCAUUGGAUUGAUGCUCCCAAUGGAUAUAUGGAAAACGUUGAGCAACAAGAAGCAGUUGAUUUACAAUUCAAUGCCAACCACGUUAGAAAUAGUUUAUCACAGUACUUUCUCUUGCCAGCAGGAUCUGUACCAUGGCAGUGGGAGCAUUUGUAA